GGGAAGAACUGGAGGUACCGAUCUUACACAACGGCAUAGAGGGGUUGGCGUGGCCUGACGAAUUGGAAGUAAGUGAUAACGAGAGUGAAGAUACCUUAGACGAGUUGAAGUAUGAGAACAAGAAUGUAGAAGAGAAGAAAGGGUAUUAUAUAGGGGAACGGUUCGAGGAGGAAGAAACGAUGGACAAAGAAGUUCCGAGCCCAGCAGUAUAUCUGACCGUCCUAGAGGAGAUACCAAUGUUAGAGAAUAACGAGGAGUAUGAGGAUGAGAAACCGAGGGAGAAAUGGGAAAGUAGCACCACCGACGUGAAGGCAGGAAGUCGAGAUGAAGAGUCUGACUUACUUGGACCACUGAACAAGAACUUAACUUAUCAGAACAUUGCAGAGGGCGCCACUAAUCUUGAUUCGCUCAACCAUUACCAAUGUGGUGGAGUGGGAUUUGAUGAUACCAUCCACCCUGUUUGUGUAUCGAACGGCACAGCAAGAAAUGACGAAGAUGACGCCCGGGUCUUUGAUUUGGUGGAGGUGUUGCUGCAACAACAGAAGAACACGAUGAUACGUGUAAACAUGGCGCAGCAAAAGUUAAAAACCCGACAUGACUGGAAGCUCCAAAUCGAAAGAAGUUUUACUAUAGAGAACAAAGUAUUAGUGUAUAAGGCAUCCCAGGAGAAUUCGCGGAGCA